AUGCCUUAUGUGGAUCGGAAGAACAGAACCUGUGGGUUUCUGGACAUUGAAGAUGCAGGCGGGAGAUUUCUCCGAAGAUAUUUUAUCCUGGAUACCCAGGCCAAUCACCUGAUCUGGUACAUGGAUAACCCCCAGAACCUGCUCAGAGGUACAGGAGCGGUGGGAUCAUUAAGACUGACAUAUAUAUCAAAAGUCAGCAUUGCUGCUGCGAAACAGAAAUCAAAGCUGACAAAUUGCUUUGUUAUCAAUGCUUUAUCACAAAGAUAUUUUCUUCAAGCCAGUGACCAAAAGGAUCUUCAGGGAUGGGUUGAUGCCUUAAACGCAGCAAGUAAAAUCACAGUACCCAGGCCAGGUUCAGCUCAGACGCCUGAAAUAGGAUCUACUGGAUCUGGAUCUCAGGAGAAGAUGGCACAAACUGCGUACAAGACGGAGAUCAUCGGUGGAGUAGUUGUCCAGACUCCCAUUAGUCAGAAUGGAAGCCAAUGCCCAGAGGUCAUCCAGCAUGAAGCGCCCCCUCACAACAUGCUGCGCCGCAGCCAUAGCCUCAUGCCCCAAUUUGUUCACCAACCUUCAUCAUCUGUUUGUGCUUUGAAGAGUGGAUAUUGCGUCAAGCAAGGAAAUAUGAGGAAAAACUGGAAAAGAAGAUUCUUUGUCUUGAGCGCGUUUAAUAUUAGCUACUACAAAUGUGAAACGGAUCGGGAACCUCUGCGCUGUAUACACCUUAGGGAUAUCUUGAAGACGCAUGAAUGUCUUGUUAAAUCUGGGGAUUUGCUUAUGAGGGACAAUUUGUUUGAAGUUAUUACUUCCCCCAGAACUUUCUACAUCCAGACUGACAGCCCGCAGGAAAUGCACAGUUGGAUAAAGGCAAUCAAUGCUGCCAUUCAAACCUUAAGGACCCGUUGUCGGGAGUCUUUUGCACGCACUAUGUCAUUAAACCGUGCCUCUGUUCCAGCCUCUUCUUCCACCUCCACCCACUCUCUACCACCAAGUGAUGUCAAACGGCCACUUGGAAAAUCAGUGUCAAUUAAAUCAUCAUGGCAACCCUGGACUCCAGUGCCCAAAUGUGAAAAAGAGUCAGCUGGAGAAAUGACGUUGGCUGGUUCUCUGGAGGGUGAAUUUGGAGUACGAGCCAGGCACAUGUCUGAACCUCAGCGGUUAAAAGAUGAUCCAUUUCUACCUAAUCUAGAUAACAUCCGUACUUCCGAUGUAUAACCAAAUCUCCACUUACAUGGCUAGCCUACAAGAGAGACAAGAUGGCUGCCACGUUUACAGACUCAUGUAUAUUACCUGCAGGAUGAACCAGCAUACAGUAUUGUCUUUUUGUUAAUUGAUGAGAUUCUACCUGAAAUGCUUCGAUGCUUUGUUACUGCCAUGGUCUUGGCACUUGACUGUGAACUUUUCUGACCUUCUAGUUUCAGCUCAAUAUCAUAACUAGCAGCCAUUUUAUCUAGCCCAUGUUCAAACCAUGCACAGAAUGGCCUAUAUCAAGAGAGGCCAUCUUUGUAUUAUACUCCUGGUUGACGUGAAGCAGACUGGUGUGUGUAGUAUGUGUGUGUCGUGUCAGGCUGACUGGAGGUAGGGCUUUUCUGCCUUGACGUUAAUGUUGCAGCACAAAAAAUGUGAAUCCAAAUAAACAUAUGAAAUGCUCAU